AUGUGCGGUUUUGGUUUCGUGGCUUACGGUUUUGAUUGCUGCCAUCGCUCAAUUGAUUUUUCUAAACCCGAAACCGAAAUAAAAGUGAAAUGCAAAGGGGAAGGGGAAGAACUUAAACGCCAAAAUAAACAAUUUGUCAUGCGUGUGCCAAUGUGUGCCAUGGAGUGGACACUGGACUAG